UAUGAUAUAGAGGUUUGAGUAGUUUUGCUGACGUUUCCUCUCUGCUUUCAAAAAGAUGGCAACUUACGGAAUCAUCUGUGCGUUUCUACUGCUCUUGGCCGUCUGCAGUGCCCAGGAGAAAUCGAGCACGGAAGAGUUUGACGUGAGGCCCGGAGGCCUUCAGCAUAGCUUCACUAGUAAAUUGGGCGACUAUGCAUGCACUUUUACAUAUGCAGCUCAGGGAGGUACAAAUGAGAAAUGGCAUAUGAGUGUUGGUCUGAGUGACGAUAAUCAACAUUUUUCCUGUUCUAUAUGGAGGCCUCAGGGAAAAUCGUAUUUGUUCUUUACAGGAUUCAAAGCAGAAGUCACUGGAGGGAAAAUAGAAUUUAGUGAAGCUUAUUCUCAGGCAUCUUCAGAUGGUAGCAGUGAUGUCAAGCUGAAAAGUUCAGAAUAUGAUGUCACUGAUAAUGUUGUAUCUCACAGACCUGGAUCCUUCUCAUCGUCACUCUGCAAGCUUGUCCUUGUGGCACGUUCGGAGCAUGAUGAAUUGUGAGAAAAUGUGAAAUGCGAUGUACUGCAAGUGUGAUGUCAGCAUUUCUAUGCAUUCAAUAUUGCCCCAGUGGGGAAGUUACAUAGUGGACAUUUUACAUUCCAGUAAUAAAUAGUAAAUAGUAAAUAGUAAAUAGUCUUCUUGCUGUAAAAGAGUAAUGAAUAUAGGUAGGUGUCAUUAGGUGCUAUGUCACAUCUGAUGUACUUUCUACUUGUAAAUACAAUUUUUGCCAACA